AUGGUGCAGCGCAUGUGGGCCGAGGCGGCCGGCCCUGCGGGCGGCGCCGAGCCGCUGUUUCCGGGCUCCCGGCGGAGCCGCAGCGUGUGGGACGCCGUGCGCCUGGAGGUGGGCGGCCCCGACAGCUGCCCGGUGGUGCUGCACAGUUUCACGCAGCUCGACCCCGACCUUCCGCGCCUGGAGAGCUCCGCGCAGGAGAUUGGCGAGGAGCUGGUCAACGGCGUCAUCUACUCCGUCUCCCUGCGCAAGGUUCAGGUGCACCACGGCGCCAGCAAGGGCCAGCGCUGGCUCGGGUAUGAAAACGAGUCGGCCCUGAACCUGUAUGAGACCUGCAAGGUGCGGAGCGUGAAGGCAGGCACGCUGGAGAAGCUGGUGGAGCACCUGGUGCCCGCCUUCCAGGGCAGCGACCUCUCCUAUGUCACCAUCUUCCUGUGCACCUACCGAGCCUUCACCACCACCCAGCGGGUCCUGGACCUGCUGUUCCAAAGCAGGUACGGUAGAUGUGACGCCCUCACGGCCUCCUCUAGAUAUGGGUGCAUCCUCCCUUAUUCCAGCGAGGACGGCGGACCUCAGGACCAACUGAAAAAUGCCGUCUCCUCCAUCCUGGGCACCUGGCUGGACCAGUACUCCGAGGACUUCUGUGAGCCCCCGGACUUCCCCUGCCUCAAGCAGCUGGUGGCCUACGUGCAGCUCAACAUGCCCGGCUCCGACCUGGAGCGCCGGGCCCGCCUUCUCCUGGCCCAGCUGGAGCGCACGGAGCUCACCCAGGCAGAGCCGGAGGCUCUGGCUCCAGCUCUGAAGCCAACUGCGGCCCUCGAGCCAGUGCCGGCUCCAGCUCUAGCACCCAGGCCGGUGCCAGGUCCAGACCUCGAGCCAGCUCUGGCACCAGCACCAGCUCCGGCCCCAGAGCCUUCCUGGCCUUCGCCUGUAGCUGCAGAGAACGGGCUGAGUGAGGAGAAGCCUCACCUCCUGGCGUUCCCGCCCGACCUGGUGGCGGAACAGUUCACGUUCAUGGAUGCGGAGCUGUUCAAGAAGGUGGUGCCCUACCACUGCCUGGGCUGCAUCUGGUCGCAGCGGGACAAGAGGGGCAAGGAGCACCUGGCUCCCACCGUCCGUGCCACCGUCGCCCAGUUCAACAGCGUGGCCAACUGCGUCAUCACCACCUGCCUCGGGGACCGGAGCGCGACGGCCCGCGCCAGGGCCAGGGUGGUGGAGCACUGGAUCGAGGUGGCCAGGGAGUGCCGGGUCCUCAAGAACUUUUCGUCCCUCUACGCCAUCCUCUCUGCUCUGCAGAGCAACUCCAUCCACCGGCUGAAGAAGACGUGGGAAGAAGUUUCCAGGGACAGCCUCCGCAUCUUUCAGAAGCUGUCGGAGAUUUUCUCCGACGAGAACAACUACUCCCUAAGCAGAGAGCUGCUCAUCAAGGAGGGGACCUCCAAGUUUGCCACCCUGGAGAUGAACCCCAAGAGAGCCCAGAGGCGGCCGAAGGAGGUGUUGUCACAGGGUGUCAUCCAGGGCACCGUUCCCUACCUGGGCACGUUCCUCACAGACCUGGUGAUGCUGGACACCGCAAUGAAGGACUAUCUGUAUGGGAGACUGAUCAACUUCGAGAAGAGGAGGAAGGAGUUCGAAGUGAUCGCGCAGAUCAAGCUGCUCCAGUCGGCCUGCAACAAUUACAGCAUCGCACCCGAAGAGCACUUUCGGGCCUGGUUCCAGGCUAUGGAGCGGCUCAGUGAGGCUGACGGCUACACGUUGUCGUGUGAGCUGGAGCCCCCUUCCGAGUCGGCCAGCAACACCCUCAAGGUCAAGAAGAACACGGCCAUCGUCAAGCGCUGGAGCGACCGCCAGGCCCCCAGCACGGAGCUCAGUACCGGCACCAGCUGCCACUCCAAGUCCUGUGACCAGCUCAGGUGCGGCCCCUACCUCAGCAGCGGGGACAUUGCCGACGCGCUCAGUGUCCACUCGGCCGGCUCCUCCAGCUCCGACGUGGAGGAGAUCAACAUGAGCUUUGUCCCAGAGUCCCCUGACGGCCAGGAGAAGAAGUUCUGGGAGUGCGCCUCCCAGUCGUCCCCGGAGACCUCCGGCAUCAGCUCGGCCUCCAGCAGCACCUCGUCCUCCUCGGCCUCCACCACGCCCGUGGCCGCCACGCGCACCCACAAGCGCUCCGUGUCAGGGGUCUGCGGCCACAGCUCCUCGCUGCCCGUCUACAACCAGCAGGUGGGCGACCGCUGCAUCAUCCGGGUGAGCCUGGACGUGGACAACGGCAACAUGUACAAGAGCAUCCUGGUGACCAGCCAAGACAAGGCUCCAGCUGUGAUCCGCAAAGCCAUGGACAAACACAACCUCGACCAGGAUGAGCCCCAAGACUACGAGCUGGUGCAGGUUCUUUCGGGCGAUCGGAAGCUGAAGAUCCCCGACAACGCCAAUGUGUUCUACGCCAUGAACUCUACUGCCAACUAUGACUUUGUCCUAAAGAAACGGACCUUCACCAAGGGGGCAAAGGUCAGGCACGGAGCCAGCUCUACCCUCCCCCGCAUGAAGCAGAAGGGACUCAAGAUUGCCAAGGGCAUCUUCUAACUUGUCCCUAGCUGGCCGGCCACGGAGCUGCCCUUUCCAGGGUCUAGCUGGCUGGGCAACUAAGCACUUACAGACUACAGCGGCUCAGGCCAGGCGGGCACCUGUGCCCAACCUGCCAGCCCGGGCCACCCCCAGACUCCAGUUUCACCCUGAACCUCUCCUGCUGCCGGGAUUGAUGCCUGCCAGUCGAUGGGCUGACCUGGCCUCCCGUGGGCCACUCGCUGCCUUAGGUGCCUUCUGCCCUCUGGAACCAGGGGACUAGCUGACUUUUGCCAAGGGGCGCUGCCAAUGGGCACGGAGCCCUGCAUGCCGCCGGGCACUGCCCUCCGUACACUUCCCUCACACCUUCCCAGGUGUGGGCCACUGCCACCCGUGCCCAUGGGCACCCCAGGGCACCACUUACCCACCGGGUCUGACCACUGCAGUUCUCUCCUCCCACCAUUGUGGCCUUCCUCGGGCUGCACCAAAGAUCCCAUCAUCAGGGCCAACUGAAAGUGAGGGAGUCUCGCCCACUGCCCGCUCCAGCCCUCCCCCGGCAGAGGAGAGGGACACCCCCUUCACGGACCACACUCGUAACCGGUGAGUGAGGACGGUCUCGGCCAGGUCCCACUGAUGUCAGAUUUCAUGACACUGCAAGUGCCAUUCACCACUGCAUCCUGGGCUUUACGAGACCACACGAGACGGGGAUUGGUGGGAAAGGAGGGUUUCGGGGGGAGGGGAGGGGGAUUGAAUAUUUGUAUAAAAGGUGAAAAAAAAUGUUUACCAGUUGGGGAGGGGCAAUAUUUAUUUGUUGUAAAUAGCAAAUGCUAGACUUGAAUAUUAUAUUAAAAUCCUGUUUCUACUAUAGCCUGGGAGUUGUAGUAUUGUUCUUUUAUUGCGUGUGCUCAUUGAAGUGAGAUACAGACUCUCACGUUCCGUGUUCAAAUAGGAAAUCUUGCAGGGUUAUUGGUUUAUUUUACGCAGGAAAUAAAGAAGGGCAGGAAAAGCAGGAAGGGCCAGCCACCCUUCUCUGGCUCACUUAAGGAAACAGAGAAGUCUACCUUUCGCGGAGCAGAUGUUCACUUCAGUGGCAUUAAACUGGGCCAUGAGCUGAGACAGCCCCUCAGAAGCCCAGUAUUUGAAUGUGGAAGUGCUUUCACAUGGCAUAGCAGCAACCUAUGAAAUUCCAGUGUUUUUAAAAACAACGUUUUUGGGACUUCCCUGGUGGCGCAGUGGUUAAGACGCCAUGCUCCCAAUGCAGGGGGCCCGGGUUUGAUCCCUGCUCAAGAAACUACAUCCCACAUGCAUGCCGCAACUAAGAGUUCACGUGCCACAACUAAGGAGCCCGCGUGCCACAACUGAGACCCAGUGCAACCAAAUAAAUAAAUAAAUAACUAUUUUUAAAAUAAUAAAUAAAAAUAACGUUUUUAACAGAAAACGGUGGAGUAAAGAUCCGUCUCUCCAUGGAAACAACAGUUAAGCUGGGGGGAAAAAAACCUGUCAGAAUCAACAACUGUGGGACUCUGGAACCUCAUCAGACACAACA